AUGAUCUUUGCGUUGCUAGGCUUCCUCUCCCAUUUCAACCACAGAGUGGAAGAGGAGUGCCUUGAAAACAGCCCUCCUCUUCCCCGAUAUUCUUCUCUCAGUUUUCUUUGCAAUGAGCACUCUCAUUUGGGGUGUAAUGUUAUCUUCGGCAUACCCCUUGGAACAGUGCUUCCACUUUCGAUCCUGUGGUUUGGAGUUUCAGUGUUUCUUGGUGGAUAUUUUGGUAACAGAAAGACUGCCAUUGAAGCUCCGGUGGAAACCUGUACAGCCAUGGUACCUCAGACCCAUGUUUUUUAUACUAAUGGCAGGCAUACAGCAUACUUCCGUUUGUAUCAGUUCUCAUUGAGUUUCGGUUCAUCCAGACCUACCUACGGUGAACCAGUUGUGUUUCAUGGUCGGAUUCCUCUUAGCAAUCAUUGUUGUCUUGAUGAUAUUGUGCGGGGAGUGCAAUUGUGCAGUGAAGACUACAAGUGGUGGUGGAGAGCCUUCUUGAAUGGUGGCUCCUCUAUAUUCUACCUUUUUGUGUGCUUAGUUUUCUACGUGUUCGCCAAAUGGGAGAUCAUAAUGCGGGUAUGUGGGAUUUGGUACACAGGGUAUAUAUUUAUCGUGUUGUGUGCUUUCUUCGUGGUGACUGGCUCAGUCGGCUUCUACGCCUGCUUAUGGUUCGUCCGGAUUAUCUAUUCAUCCGUGAAGAUAGAGUGA